AUGCAGAGCGGGCGGAACCAAAUCGCCUCAGAGCCUAUGCCUCGGGGAAGGCCGAACUUCUCCACACGAACGGCAGAAGAAGAUGUUUCUAGAUUGGCUCCUGGUGAUUCAACACAUGCAUCUCCUGAGGAGUCCAGGUUUACCGACCUGAGAGCUGCGCUUUCUUUUCGUCCUUACGAACCGCUGAAUUCAUCGUCUUGCUCCUCCGGACGACAGCGUCACUCAAUGCCUUGGAAUUUCUUUGGGGAUAUCUAUCGGUGGCGGAGUCAACCUCGAGAUGAUGGAGAACAAGAUGCGUCGCCGGAGGAAAGGAUGCGUCCAAAUGUCUCUCUGCCUCCUGGUCCACUCCGAGAAUCAAGCGUGAAUCCAAAGGAGAAGAAUGAUCAGAAAAAUCGCUCCGUCGAUGGUAGUGAAAAGUUUGGAACGUUCUCUGGGGUGUUCGUCCCCACAACACUCAAUGUCUUGAGUAUUCUUAUGUUUCUUCGGUUUGGAUUCAUUCUUGGACAAGCUGGCGUAUUAGGAAUGUUAGGUUUGCUUGUUGUAUCGUAUACAAUUAACCUGGUGACUACAAUGUCCCUUUCUGCCAUUGCGACCAAUGGAACGGUCAAGGGGGGUGGUGCGUACUACCUGAUAUCUCGAUCGCUGGGGCCAGAGUUCGGUGGCUCGAUCGGAAUAGUAUUCUACCUGGGCUAUGUGCUGAAUACGGGUAUGAAUGCUGUCGGUCUAGUUGACUGCUUCACUCAGAAUUUUGGGACCAAGUCCGGCACCUGGGCCAAUUUUCUUGAAGAAGGGUUCUGGUGGCAGUAUCUCUGGGGAACCGUUGUCCUGGUGCUUUGCACUACCAUUUGUUUGGCCGGGAGCUCGAUCUUCUCUAGAGCGAGUAAUGGAUUACUUGUCAUUUUACUGCUGGCUAUUUUCAGCAUUCCCGUCUCCGCAUUAUUCAUGAAACCAUUCAGCAUCCCGGACCUUGGAGUAAAUUUCACCGGUGUCCGGCUUCAAACGCUCCUGGAGAACCUUAAGCCUAGGCUCACCAAAGGAGCUGCUGGGAGUCAACUCAAGGGAAGAGAAAAUUUCCAGGACCUCUUCGGAAUCCUGUUCCCAGCAACUGGAGGUAUAUUCGCUGGUGCAAGUAUGUCCGGUGACUUGAGAAACCCCAGCCGAUCUAUCCCCAAGGGCACGCUCUCGGGCUUGGCUCUGACGUUUAUCACUUAUACCGUCGUAAUUCUGGCGAUGGCGUCGUCGAUAACAAGGGAAUCAUUCUAUAAAAAUACGAACAUUGUUCAAGCUACAAGUCUCUCGGGCGUGGUUAUCCUUCUGGGUGAAUUCGCUACGUCUUUUUUCUCCUCAUUAAUGGGAGUCAUUGGCUCUGCAAAGCUUCUACAGGCAAUCGCACGAGACAGUUUGCUUCCUGGACUAAACUUCUUUAGCAAAGGCACCAUGACAAGUGACGAGCCAGUCCAUGCGAUUUUUAUGACUUUUGCAGUCGCUCAGCUCACCAUGCUUUUUGAUAUUAAUCAGAUUGCGUCCUUCGUCACCAUGACAUACCUUAUGACUUUCUUGGUAAUGAACCUUGCAUGCUUCCUCCUGAAGAUCGGGUCUGCACCCAAUUUUCGGCCGUCCUUCCAUUACUUCAAUUGGCAGACGGCUGCAACUGGCACGUUGGUGAGCGGGGCCAGUAUGUUCUUUGUCGACGGCGUGUAUGCUACUGGUUGUGUAGGCAUCUUAGUCGUGCUGUUUCUGCUGAUCCACUAUACUUCCCCACCAAAGCCCUGGGGCGACGUCAGCCAAAGUCUGAUCUACCAUCAAGUGCGCAAGUACUUACUGCGCCUUCGGCAAGAGCACGUCAAAUUCUGGAGACCCCAGAUCCUUCUUUUUGUGACUAAUCUGGACGAUCAGUUCAAAAUGGUCUCGUUUUGCAACUCCCUUAAGAAGGGAGCCUUAUUCGUGCUGGGCCACGUUCUUGUGACCGAUGACUUUACUUCUGCAGUACCGGAAGCUCGCCGCCAGCAGAGUGUGUGGACAAAAUUCGUGGAAAACUCAAAGGUAAAAGCGUUUGUCAAUAUUGCGGUAUCUCCUUCUGCGGAAUGGGGCGUCCGAAACGUUGUGUUGAACUCUGGCCUUGGGGGCAUGCGACCAAAUAUCGUGAUUAUUGACCAAUUUCGAAGGGAUCGGUCGUUGGCUGAGAUCCUACAGCCUUCCAUCUAUAAGAGGGAUCCCAACAGCCGACGUAACUCUCGCGACUUGCUAGCAGAAGCUUCGGAGAAUGACGUACAAAGCCCGCCAAUGAAAUGCCAGAGCUACGUGACGAUACUGGAAGAUCUUCUGUUCAAACUGCGAAUCAAUGUUGCUGUGGCUAAAGGGUUUGAGGACCUUGAGCUUCCUGGCCCCCAAGGCCAGCACACGAAGCAAUAUAUCGACCUUUGGCCCAUUCAAAUGUCUGCCGAGCUUGGGGCCGACAGUGAGAGCAAGCAGAAUGUCCUGACCAGCAACUUUGACACGUACACGCUGAUACUUCAGCUGGGUUGCAUCCUUAACACUGUCCCAUCGUGGAAAAAGACCUAUAGGGUUCGGGUGGCGGUGUUUGUGGAGUACGAAACAGAUGUUGAGGAUGAGCGCGGAAGGGUUGAAGCACUCCUCGAGAAAUUGAGGAUUGAAGCGGAAGUUUUGGUCUUCUGGCUCGCAUGUGGUGACCUGCAUGCUUAUCGAAUCAUAGUGAAUGGUGAUACUUCGCCUGAGACUGAGGACUUUCAAGAAAGAGUCCACACCACCCUGAAGGAUGAAGAGUGGUGGCAAGACCUUCAGACAGCACGCCGGACCGUAGGAGAGUCUCCAAGCCGGGAGAGUGUCCCCAGCUGGCAUGGUGCUUCAAGCCACGACCAUCAGUCAAAACAGUCGAGCCAAUUGGUUGGCGGGUUGAGGAAAUUCGUUCAGUCCUCUAAGCGACGACGCUCCAUUUCCAGCGUCAGGGGGUUUGGAGGUGUCAGCCUCGGCAUGCAGACCCAACGCUUACUUGAUGCCUUCGUUGAUUACGAUAAAUCGGAUACUUCUUCGAGCAAUUGUAGUGACGAUGGUGAGUUCGAGCCUUACUGCGAUGACAGCGGGGAAGAUGAUGUUGGCGAGGAAUCGGGCGAUGAAACUCAGGACAGUUUGCCUGGGCCUGCAGCAUUACACAAAACAAAACGGAGGGAGUCUAAAGGUACGCCUGUCGCUCGACAGGAUAUUCCAGCCAUCGUCGUCCCGGACGAAGAUGGUUCUCCCAAAAGUCAAACGAAGACUGCCCGGCCACCUGCGGCCCGUUCGCCUUCCAGUAACCGAUUCACCUCUUCACCAAUUCCCGAAGCUCGGGUCAAUACGAAUGAAGAUGCGGGCCCAUCAAUCAUGUUUGCGCCGAGCUCAUCACCUCCGCGGGCUGGAAACAAAAUGACGGAAUCGCAGUCUAUUUAUACGCGCCGUUCAUCUUCAGGGACGUCCAACCAACGAAUGGCAUCGGGGUAUCCCCGACAGGCGUCUAUCCCGUUGUCAUUUAAUGAUCUCCCCAGUCGGGCGCAGCAUCUAAUUUUGAACGAGCUGAUGGCUCAGCACAGCGGUGAUACGGCGGUCAUCUUUACGACGCUCCCUUCUCCAUUCGAAGCCACGGCGCAAAGUGAGGCGACCAGUGAAUCGUAUUUGAGUGAUUUGGAAGUCCUCUGGCAAGGGCUGCCGCCAUGCCUGCUGGUUCACAGUAACAGUAUGACUGUGACGAUGAACCUGUGA